GUACCGCAGCUUCACUGUUCGACGCCAGAGUCAUUCCGAGAUGAGUAUCGUGAAGACAGCACUCCUUGUCGUCCUCGGCGUCGUUUGUGUCUCCUCGGACUUUCCCGGGGUCUGGAGGAAACACCAACCGGACAUGGACCCCCGCUACAAAGAGUGGGCACACUUCGCCAUCUCCUCUCAAGUCGAGGACAGGACCAACUUUGACACCCUCAUGAACCUUAUGAGCGUCGAGUCUCAGGUAAUUGUGGGUGUGGACUACAAACUUAAGAUGAAAGUUGCUGAAUCCGACUGCGUGAUUGGAGUGGACUCGUACAGCAGGGAACGUUGCUACCUCAAGGUCGAUGUUGUGAGUAUGCGACCCUUUCUUUCGGAAAUUUUUUUUUUUUUAAUUUCGCCUUGAUUUAGACUGUCUAAU